UUUUUUAUAUAUAUAUACGUGCACUUAAAAGCCUCAGUCCACACCCCCUGAUUCUCUUCUCAUUGACUCUUCUCCCAGAGUCGUUCGCAAUUUGUUUACUUCACCUCUCUCCUCCUCUCUUUAAAUUUCCCAAUUCAUCCCGCAGUAUAUUCUCAGGCUUUAGGGAGUGGGGAAAAAAACAGGGCAAGUAAAAAGAACAAAAAAACAGAGGAUUCUUUAAUUUUCUUUCCCUUUCUUCUCUCUCCCUCUCUCACUUUCUUGCGGUUCUCCUACAUGGGUUCUUGCACAGAAAAAGAAGAACCAGCAAAGUGUGUGUGGGUUCAUGGGCCCAUCAUCGUGGGGGCUGGACCAUCUGGUCUAGCAGCCUCUGCUUGUCUCUCUGAACAUGGAGUUCCUUCUGUGAUUCUUGAGCGAAGCAACUGCAUAGCUUCUCUUUGGCAGCACAAGACCUACGACCGUCUCAAACUGCACCUUCCCAAGCAGUUUUGCGCCCUCCCAUUACUAGGUUUCCCUGAACAUUUCCCCAUGUACCCAACAAGGGAUCAGUUCAUCUCAUACAUGGAGUCUUAUGCUGCACACUUCUCAAUCCAGCCAAGGUUCAACCAGUCCGUCCAGAGCGCUGAGUUCGAUUCCAGCUGUGGAUUUUGGAGGGUUAGGACUCAUGACUUGGAGUACAUUUCCCGGUGGCUUAUUGUGGCUACUGGCGAGAAUGCCGAACCGGUGAUACCCGAAAUUGUUGGUAUGGAGCGGUUUCGUGGUCCCAUUGUUCAUACAACAGCGUACAAAUCUGGCUCUGAUUUCGCAAACCAGAGGGUUUUGGUUGUUGGCUGUGGCAAUUCUGGCAUGGAAGUUAGCUUGGACCUCUGCAGACACAGCGCUGUACCUCAUAUGGUUGUGAGAAAUACUGUGCAUGUUUUACCACGAGAAAUGUUUGGCUUCUCAACGUUUGGAAUAAUAAUGGCACUUCUCAGAUGCUUUCCUCUAAAGAUAGUAGACAGACUCCUCCUACUAGCAGCGAAUUUCACCAUCGGAAACACAGACCAGUUAGGCCUCCACCGGCCGAAAACCGGUCCAAUUGAGCUAAAAAACGUUACCGGGAAGACCCCAGUCCUCGACGUGGGAGCAUUAUCUCAAAUUAAAUCCGGUAAAAUAAAGGUGACGGAAGGGGUGAGGGAGAUAACAAGAAAUGGAGCCAAGUUUAUGGAUGGACAAGAAAAGGAGUUCGAUUCUAUAAUCUUAGCAACUGGGUACAAGAGCAAUGUGCCUACUUGGCUCAAGGGCUGUGACUUCUUCACAAAAGACGGCAUGCCCAAAACGCCGUUUCCCAACGGUUGGAAGGGAGAGAACGGAUUGUAUACGGUUGGCUUCACGAGAAGAGGUCUUCUUGGGACCGCCUCGGACGCCGUGAGAAUUGCAAAUGACGUUGCUGAUCAGUGGAGGACAAUCAAGGACUGUAGAACUUAUUGUAAUUCCCAUAUUAUCCUACUGGAAAAUCGUAACAAAAAUUAACUUGUAGUUGUAGAAGAAGUAGAUGACCUAGAUCAGAGAAACAUAAAUUGGGUUGUUUUCGGGGGUUAGGGUUUUAAAAUGGGAUAAAUUUUCUUCGCUUUUUCAGUACUUGUAAAUUUGUCAAUUUUGCUAGGGGGUGUAAAACUGUAAAUCCCCUUAUCUUGUCACGAGG